AGCGAGUUAUCAUUGUCCCUCUCGGUGCUCCGUAGUCCUUCCUCCUCCUCUCCGCCUGCCCGUUUAGUGGCUAAAGAUGGCUGAAGCUCCUCCAUGGCCCAGCCGGUUCUUCUGUCACAGGUGCUCCGCAGAGAUUAGUCCACGGCUUCCCGAGUAUACAUGUCCAAGAUGUGAGUCAGGGUUCAUCGAGGAGCUGCUGGAAGAGAGGAGUACUGACAAUGGCUCCAUGUCUACCAUCUCCAGCGGACCUCAGAACCAACAACCAUUUGAGAAUGCAGACCAGCACUUGUUUACAUUCCCUUCUGGCUAUGGUCAGUUUGCCCUGGGUGUCUUUGAUGACAGCUUCGACUUCGGGGCUGGACUUGGAACAGAGGACAACCGGGAUGCAGAGAAUCGUCGGGAAAGGGAAACGGCAUCACGGCAACGAUAUGGUGCCAGGCAGCCGAGAAGUCGUCAUGGUUCAAGGCGGCAAGCAGGGCGGCAUGAGGGAGUUCCAACUUUAGAGGGAAUAAUUCAGCAGCUAGUGAAUGGAAUAAUUGCACCUACAGCAAUGCCAAAUAUUGGUGUUGGACCCUGGGGUGUUCUUCACUCAAAUCCUAUGGACUAUGCUUGGGGGGCUAAUGGAUUAGAUGCUAUUAUAACACAGUUAUUAAACCAGUUUGAGAACACGGGACCGCCGCCUGCUGAUAGGGAUAAAAUAAAAAGUCUUCCUACAGUACAAAUUACAGAUGAACAUGUUGCUUUGGGACUAGAAUGUCCAGUGUGUAAAGAAGAUUACAGUGUGGGAGAAAAUGUGAGGCAGCUCCCAUGCAAUCACAUGUUCCACAAUGAUUGCAUAGUCCCGUGGCUGGAACAGCAUGACACUUGUCCAGUGUGCAGGAAGAGCUUGAGUGGACAGAACACAGCAACAAACCCUCCAGAACUAUCAGGGAUGAACUUUACCUCCUCAUCUUCCUCCUCCUCAUCCUCUUCAUCCUCCUCAACCCCCCAGUCCUCAAGUUCGACCAGCAAUGAGAACUCCACUGAUAACUCUUAAAGGGCAGAGAGCUGAGUGCAUCUCGCCAGGAACACUCGCGCCUGAUUCAGGGGUAAGUGAUACAUGAGGUUCAUGUAUUUCUGCCUGUCCUGUUGCUCCCACCUUCAUCAGGAAUCUGAACAAAGGAAGGGCGGAGGCCUGGGGUGCAGCUUCUGUCAGGGAGGAUGUGGAGAAGCAUUGAAACUUCAAGAGGCUCGAUCUGCUUGAAUCACUUCAUACAAGAAGAGCAAAUAACGGAAUCCAAAGGUAGAAGAUCGUGAACAACAAGACAGUUUUUGUUCUUUUUUUUAAACUCUAGACUUGUAUGGUUUAAGAUGAAACACUUUUGCCAAUGAAGCAAAAAGAAAUGUACAGUUAUUCCUUUUUUUAUAGGUAGCAUUCAUAUCGCACAGAUCAGAUGACGCAAAGUGCACUGUUGUGCACUGGUGAAGUGUGCACAGAAGUUUCUUCAUGAUGUGGAAGAAUAUUACAUUUGAUCCCUUUAGCUCUGCAGAUAACCUGACAGUACUUCAUAUAAUUAUUUUAUUGUCAGUCUCCACUUGCCGUUUUAAGAUUACCUGACACCACACAGGUAGAACUGUUGGCACUUGAAAUGAUGUGCAUAAUUGCAGUAAUUUGUGUGUUUGAAUAGUAAUGUCGAUAAUGAAACUACAUCAAGAUUUAGUUACAUUUUAUCUGCAAGCCUAAAAUGUGGAUUGACUUUACACACAAUACACUCGGAAACAUUUCAGUACAGUUGUGCUUUUUAACUUAAAGAUAAAUGUUUUGCCAGUUGAAAACCUUGAUUUGCAGUAUGAACAUGUACAAAAAGAAUUAACUGAUAUGAAAAUAAAGAUAUUUGGGUGCUACCACUCAUUUCAUGUAAGACA